UUUUUUUUUAAAUAUUACUCCCUCCGCCCGCCCAUAUAAGGGAGUAAUAUUUAUAUUUUUUUUUAUUUAUUUGUAUUAUAUAAAAUUUUAUUAUUUACAAAAUUAUAGAGUUUAAUUUUUUUUUAAUUAUAUAUAUUAUAUUAUAAAUCAAAUAUUAAUUAAAUAAAUUAUUUUUAAUCCAAUUUUCAACUCAAAAAUUUAAUUGCUAAAAUAUAUAUAUAUAUAUAUUUUCUAAUCAUAAAUAUUGUUUUUAUUAAUGUAAAGGGACAUUUUUGUAUGUAUAUAUAUGUAGAAGUAUUGUAAUAAAAUAUAAAUUGAUAAAUAACUUAGUAAAAUAAUCACAACGAAAUAAUUAUAAAGUCGGGGCCAUGUCGCACAACAACAUUGUCUGUUUCCUGCCAAAAGUUCUUAUUACAAAUACUCUCCCUCCUAAUAUAUCCAUAAAGAUUCAACCCCAAUAUAUACAUACACACUAUAUAUACACACACACAUUUACACAUAGUGAAAGCUUUUCGACAUGCCGGAAGCAAACCGACCUUCACAAAUAUAAUGGCUGAGUUCAGUUUCUUCUUCUUCUUCACCGCCGCCGCCGCCGUUCUUAUUAUCGGCCUUUUCCCCUCCGCUACGCCGGACAUUAUCUCCGACGAGGCGGCCCUUCUAGCUUUCCGAUCAGCGGUGGACGGCCGCACUCUCACUUGGGCAUCCGGCACGUCUCCGUGCUCUUGGCCUGGCGUAAAAUGUUCGCCGGAAAAUUCCUCCGUCAUUGAGCUCCGCCUCCCCGGAAAAUCUCUCUCCGGCCAUAUUCCACCACACACUAUAUCAAAUAUCGCAACUCUUCGUACCCUCAGCCUCCGGUCCAACGCCCUCUCCGGCCCCUUGCCGGCCGACCUCUUUUCGUCGGCCGCGUCUUUCCGGAAUGUUUAUUUGCAAGGCAAUUUCUUUACCGGAGAAGUUCCCGAUUCCCUAUUUUCUCACACGUCGAUCGUUCGUUUGAAUUUGGCCGACAACCAUCUCUCCGGCGACCUUUCUCCGGCAUUCAACAAUUUGACUCGAUUGAAGAUGCUCUACUUGGACAACAACCGUUUUUCAGGGUCGCUUCCAAAUCUCAAAAUUCCUAAAUUAGACAAGUUUAAUGUUUCGUACAACAAUCUAUCGGGCAAAAUCCCUCUAAGGCUCUCCGGAAAGCCCAAGAGCUCGUUCAUCGGGAAUCACCUUUGCGGAAAUCCUUUGGAUUCUUGUAGGGAUGACAAAAGGCUAUCGAAAGGAGUGAUUAUUGCGAUCAUCGUAGCUUCGACGCUAGGGUUUCUAUUCAUUGUAUUGUUAGGAUUAUGUCGAAGAAGAAGAAGGGUUUCAAGAAAUGGAGUGAGCCCGAUAAAUGAGCCCAACCGGCCCAAUAAGGAGAAAGGGUCCGGACACGAGUUAGCCGAGACUAGUAGUAGUGGUUUUCCAAGCAACAGAUUAGUGGUGGCCGGAGACAGUGUGAGUGGUAGUGGUAAGAAGGAGUUGGUUUUCUUCGGGGAGACGAGGGGGGGCUUCGAUUUGGAGGAUUUGUUGGGGGCCUCGGCCGAGGUUUUGGGGAAGGGGACGUACGGGAUGAGCUAUAAGGCCUCGUUGGAUAUGGGGAUCGUCGUUGUGGUGAAGAGGUUGAGAGAGGUUUGUGUCGGGGAAGAGGAGUUUAGGGCGAGGAUGGAAUUAGUCGGGAGGAUGGAUCACGCGAAUUUAGCGCCAUUGAAGGGUUACUAUUUGAGUCGGGAUGAGAAGCUUCUCGUGUACGAGUACUUCCCCAUGGGGAGCUUGUCCGCAUUAUUACACGGAGUCGAAGGACCCAAGAGGACGCCGUUGAAUUGGGAAACAAGGGUGAAGAUUGCCCGGGGAUUAGCUCGAGCAAUCUUGCACCUUCAUUCACAAGGCUCGUCAGUGUCCCAUGGCAAUAUCAAGUCAUCGAACAUUCUCCUCACCAAAUCCUACGAGGCUUGUGUCUCCGACUUUGGUAUUUCUCAACUAGUUCUCGCCUCUACCACCUCCCCACAUGCAUUUUCUUAUCGCGCCCCCGAGGUACUUGACCCUUACAAAAUCUCACAAACGGCGGAUGUCUAUAGCGUUGGCGUGGUGUUGUUGGAGCUACUGACCGGUAAGGCUCCAACUCACCCGUUGAUCAAUGAAGACGGGCUUACCCUCCCCCAAUGGGUUCGGGCUAUGGCCCGGGACGAGUGGAUUGUGGAAGUUUUCGAUGUUGAACUAUUGCGCUAUCAAAAUGUGGAGGAGGAUAUGAUCCAAAUCAUGCAACUUGCAAUGGAUUGUGCCGUGGAGGAUCCUGAUAAACGGCCUACAAUGAUAGAGGUAACGAAGAAGAUUGAAGAGGUUUUUAGUUGGAGCUUGUGAUUAACUUGUAAAAGUUUUUAAUUCGCUCCGUUUACUUGUGUUUUCAACUUUGAUUUGGCACUGUAUAGCUAACAAACUUUUAAAUAUUAUAUUGAAACUUUAGUUUAUUCAAAAUAUUGUAUUUAAU